GGCGCCCGCCCGCUGCCGCCGCCGUCGCCGCCAUGAAGCCGGGGCCGCCGCACCGCGCCGGGGCCGCCCACGGGGCUGGCGCCGGGGCCGGGGCUGCGGCCGGGCCCGGGGCCCGCGGGCUGCUCCUGCCUCCGCUGCUGCUGCUGCUGCUGGCGGGGCGCGCCGCGGGGGCUCAGCGCUGGCGCAGCGAGAACUUCGAGAGGCCCGUGGACCUCGAGGGCUCCGGGGAUGACGACUCCUUCCCGGAUGAUGAGCUGGACGACCUGUACUCGGGCUCGGGCUCGGGCUUCUUCGAGCAGGAGUCGGGCAUUGAGACAGCCAUGCGGUUCAGCCCAGACGUGGCCCUGGCAGUGUCCACCACACCCGCGGUGCUGCCCACCAUGGACGUCCAGCCCGUGGGCACACCCUUCGAAGAGCUCCCCACGGAGCGCCCUACCCCGGAGCCAGCCACCAGCCCCCCACUAGUGACAGAGGUCCCAGAAGAGCCCAGCCAGAGAGCUACCACCAUCUCCACUCCUACGGCCACCACUGCUGCCACAACCACAGGAGCCCCAACUGUGGCCACGGUGCCUGCCACUGUGGCCACUGCUGCCCCCAGUGUCCCCGCGACCCCCACUUCCACGGCCACCACCUCUGGCGUAAGGACCACCGGCCUAUGGAGGCUUCUGCCUCUUCCACUGACCACGGCAGCCACGGCCCGGGCCACCACCCCAGCGGUGCCCUCACCUCCUACCACGGUGGCGGUCUUGGACACAGAGGCCCCAACACCCAGGCUGGUCAGCACAGCUACCUCCAGGCCCAGGGCCCUUCCCAGGCCGGUGACCACCCAGGAGCCUGACAUGCCUGAGAAGAGCACCCUGCCCCUGGGAACCACCGCCCCUGGACCCACGGAGGUGGCUCAGACCCCAACUCCAGAGUCCUUCCUGACCACCAUCCGGGAUGAGCCGGAGGUGCCAGUGAGCGGGGGACCCAGCGGGGACUUUGAGCUGCCAGAGGAAGAGACCACACAGCCAGACACAGCCAAUGAGGUAGUGGCCGUGGGUGAAGCUGCGGCCAAGCCAUCGCCUCCACCUGGGACACUGCCCAAGGGUGCCCGCCCAGGCCCCGGCCUCCUGGACAAUGCCAUCGACCCAGGCAGCUCGGCAGCUCAGCUGCCCCAGAAGAGCAUCCUGGAGCGGAAGGAGGUGCUCGUAGCUGUGAUCGUGGGCGGGGUGGUGGGGGCCCUCUUCGCCGCCUUCCUGGUCACUCUGCUCAUCUACCGCAUGAAGAAGAAGGACGAGGGCAGCUACACGCUGGAGGAGCCCAAGCAGGCAAGCGUCACGUACCAGAAGCCUGACAAGCAGGAGGAGUUCUACGCCUAGCGGAGCCACAGUGCCUCCCUGUAGCCGCAGCACCACCCUUCUGCCCAGUCCCUAGCCUGGCACUACCAGCCCCAGCCUGGGACUGGGCCUGGGAGGCAACCUGGCCUCAGUUCAUCUCCGCCACCCUCCCAAGGUCUGCCUAGACUGCCAGCCUCACACAGCUCUUCCCCAAGGGACAGGGGGCACUGCCAUCUGCCCCAGACUGUGCCCUUAUGAGCUCAUCACUUGUUUUCCCCCCGACCACCAGCCUGGGGCUUCAGGACCUCAUGUCAGAUGGACAGGAGGAAGGAAGCUCCUGAUUGGCUGGUGGAAGAAGGGGUGGGGCUUGAGCCCUAACAUGGCCCCACAGGGCUGCCUGAGGUUUCUUUCGAGGGGCAGAGAGGCAGGCAGGCUAGAUUCCAGGACAAGCCUUUGGCAAGCUCAGCCCUCGAAAUCUUUGAGACACUGCAACCUCCUGCCCCUGUCCCAGGUCCCCUCUCUGCCUGGGUGAGAGGGUACCCCUCACCACCAGCCUGUUUUGUCCUGGUCUCUGGGGUUGUUGGGUCAUUUUUCCUCAUCCUUGCCUGAUCCCCAUGCACCCACAGGCUUCACCUCCUUCCCAGUCUGCCCCCAAGGUAUUGACUUCUCAAGAGUGCCCUGGCAGCCUCUGGUGAGGAGGGGCUGGGGUGCUUGAACCUCCUUCUCCUAAGACACCACCUCCCCCGUGGUCACACAUAUCGUCACACACAAAGACAGAAGCAUGCAACGACAAAAUCAUAUGCAAUCUUGACCACCCAGCCAAAUGAGACAUGUCACGUACACACACAUCCUUCCAAAGAUGCUUAUUCUCGUGCGUUUCUCAUGUGCCGCCCCCCCCCCCCCCCCGAUGCUAUGACAAUGCAAGUCACUAGUCAUCACCCAGUGGUGACGGCAUGGCUUCCUUCCCUCUCUGCCACCUUCCCCCAUGCCCCACCCCCACACACUCCAACAUCACACAUGUUGUCUCCAGCCGUCAGGCUACUGGGGAGGGUGCAAUUAGACUGGAACAAUCAGCCCAUAUUGGGUCCCCUGAGUCACCCCGUCACACUCAGCCCUCACAACACCUGCACCAGCCACAUUGCCACCAACCCCCCGGGAGUCAGCCACAAUCCCAUGUGGAUGCACACAGUCUCACCCACACAACCCUGCUUUCACACUGGAGGAGGACGGGUGGACCCCCACCUUCCCUGGAAUUAAGUGCAGUGCGGGGGAUGUCGCCACAACCCCCCCCCCCCGCCCCCUGCAGGACAUUGCACACCCUCCGGCCCGGCCUCACCCUGCCUGCUCCCCUCCAGUCUGUAGUCUGCAAAGGGCUUGGUUCGGGGCCAGUCCCCGCUUACAGAGGAAGGCAGGCUGCUUCCUGGAAUUCGGCCUUAGGCUGGGGGAGGAGGCUUGGGUCUCCCAGGACCAAAGGCCCAGGGAGGGGAGCGGGCGUGCUGUGGGGCUCCUGGUCUCCCUUCGUCCCCCUCCUGCCCUGAGUGAGGGGGCUGACUCUGCCUCCCAGGACACAAGUCUCCAAAGUGCCUGUGAGGGUGGGCCCUGCGCCCAGGCCCUCGGUACCCUCUCCCUUCUGCCUCCCCAGGCCCACCUCAUCCCCGGCCCUGGGCCCUCCCAGGCUCCCUCCGGUGGACAACUGCCCUUGACUGUGACCAAACAACCUGGCGCAUCUGGUGGCAGCUGGAAGCAGCCCUUCCAGACGCACCACCCCAGGCCGAGGGCUGUGGGCAGGCGGGGUGGGCGUGUCAAACACCCCGACUCGCCUCCCCUUCUUUAUUACCCUUACAAGUGGGGCCACUUAUGUAGAUAUUUUAAAUGUGGGGUCACAAAUCUCCUCCGGGGGAGUGGGCUUUGUGGGGGCUCUUGGAGCCGAGGGGUGUGGUCUGAGUUGUGAUUGGCUGGGGCUCACCCCCCCACCCCUUGCCCACAACCCAGGUUAAAAUCAAGAACCCAGGUUUUAUUUCUGUUCCCUUUUCAAGACUUGCUGGCUGGCAAUAGGCUUCCGCAGGGUGAGAGCUGGGGGUGCCCGAGGCGCUGAGGGUGAGGGUCCGGGGAGCUUCCCCAGCCUGGGUUUUCCACUGCCCUGCUUCCAGCCUGGGGCUCCGUCUUUGAGACCCAAAGGUCCCCUGGGCAGGGCCUGGAGGCCUGUGAGGAACCCAGCCGGUCCGAGACUUUGAGGGGGGCAGGAGCAGGGAGAGGCAUCCCGGGCCCAGGAUCCGAGGGGGGUGACCCGGCCUCCGUCACCGGGCGGGCACGGAAGGGCUGGGGAGAGACCAAAAUCCCAGCCUCUCCCCGCCCUGCUCCCUGUCAGGAUGCUGUCUCCCGGCAGCAGCUUGGGUGAGAAGGCCUGGGCUGGCCGAGGCUGAGAAGCCAAGGAGCACAGAGAGAGGAUCUGGACCCCACUAGGAAAGCCCCAGGAUGCUGGGACCAGGGUAUGAGACCCAGCAGUGGGUGCAGCCUGGGCGUGGAGCCCAGCCCAGGACAGCUGAGUGGGACACGGGCUGGCUGGAGGGACCGGGUGGCUCCAGCCUGACCCCAGCAGACCCGACUCCUCACAUUCUAUGGGCUGGAGCCUAACGUGAGACCUGGGGGUUUGCCUCCUGGCACUGGCUUCUUCUCUUUGUCCGAGAUGGGAGGCCGAGGGCCUCGUUCACAGCCUGGAUGAGUCAGAUGUCCAGGCUUUGUAUUCACGAAGUUUAACACAGACCCAUCAGCCCAAGUCCGCAGGGCAGUCGGGCAGCAGGCGGUGAAAAGGACGAGCUGGAGCUCUCCUAGGUGCAGUGUGGGUGCAGGCCUCACCCCGCCUGGGCACGUGUGUGAUGCGUGCAAGUCCUGUCCAAAUAGGUCCCCAGCCACCCUGGCGCGUCUGGGGACACAUCCUGUGGGGCCCGGGCCUUGUGGGGAAUGCGACCAAGUCCAAAGCAAGAGGGAGCUUGUGUGCUAGACACGGGCCAGGGCCACCCCUCCUUCCCCCGCUGUGACUUCUAGAGCCCAGGCUCUGUCUCCUCAGCGGGCUGGAGGGGGGUCCCUCUCCUGAAGGGUUCAUCCCCUUGAUUGCUGGAAGCAGUGGGUGGUCACCAGAGCUGGGCUGGGCAGGUCAGCAGGCAGUGGCUUGGGGCGCUCAGCCCAGACCGCCCCUGGGGUUGGCAAAGCCACCUGUCCAGGCCUCCAGGCCGGGGCUCUUGGGACAGGAGUUGCUCAGGCCUCCUCGGUGUUCCUGGAUUUCUUCUGACAGCCACCACCCUGGACUUGCUUCCCCAGGCCUCCCGCCUGUAAAUAGAAGCCCACAAACUGUGUACAGAUUUACAGAGACGCCGAGGCCGGGCCCCAGAGUCGCCAUCUAAGGGCUGAUGGCCCCAGCAUCCCCCCGGGCGUCCACCAGGCAGCUCAGCGCACCGGAGGCAGUGUGGCGAAUGCAUGUAAAUAUUUUCUGUAGGCAGCGCGGCUCCAGGGAGCCCCCUGAAGACAGUGCCCCUCCCAUGCGUCCUUUUUCCUGUACAGAACCCUGCCUGGGAUGGGGGGGCACGUGCCCUUCCCUCCCCGAGGCUUCCUUGCCCCAUCCCUCCCCCAUAACCUGUUUAUUAACCAUACCUGUCCUAAGUUCAUGGCCAAAACUUUAAGAAAAAGCGGUGGAAAAAAGAAACCAAGGCACCUGCCCCGUGGCGGGCGCUUACUGUCCCAGCCUUGCGAAGGAACUGUUUGGGGUUUUUUUUUUUUUUUUUUGGUUGAUUGAUUUUUUUGUUUUUUAACACUUCCCGUGCUGUGCCCAUUUAUAAGAGGAAAUAAAAUUAAGCUGAACUGA